AAAUAUUGAAUAUGCAUCUUUCUUUUUUUUAAUCAUCACCUAUUAUUAUAACAAGCAAAAAAUGAAGAUGAAUCAUGGAAAAGUUUCAAGUUUGUUGUUAUUCCUAAUAAUUUACAUAGGAGGAUCAAAUAGCCAAUUCACAACUUGGCCCGGCGGCCCUGCUGUUCCUCAUCCACUUUGUCUGUCUCAAUUUACACUUGUGAACAAUGCAUGUCAAUAUUUGCCAAUUACUCCUUUGCCUCCACCAGGACCUGCACCUGUAUCCUCUCCAGCACCCGCGCCUGCACCUGCACCUACACCUUCUACGAAUCUUGGGUAUAAUACACAAACUCCAGUAGAAGAGGAAUGUUGUAGGUGGAUGAAAGCUGUCGAUAGCGAAUGUGUUUGUUCUCUAUUGGCUCAUCUGCCUAUUUUCCUUUCUAGGCCAAUCCAUCAGUAUACUACUUUGGCUCAUGCAACUUGCAGUGUAACUUUCACGUGUGCUUCCUCCGCUAGGUUCCAACAAAAUGAUCAUCAGAAGUCACCACACUCUCCAUAACUACUACUAAUUACCUACUUUAUUUACAAUAAGUAAAGAUUUUUAGGAAGGGAUAUGGGCCUUUACUUAAUUAAAACUCCUAAAACUUUAAAUUAUGACUCAUUGUAUUGAGUAAUAAAUUGUAAUUGUCAUCAUUUGAAUAUUUUAAGUUACUCUAGUAACUACUUCAA